AUGGCGAGCUCCGUACGAGCAUUGCCUCGGCGGCUGGGUCAGCUGGCCACCCAGACGCGCAUCACAAACUCUCGAUGCCGGCUGAACCAAUGGGCUGGCCGCCCGUAUGCUGUGAAGCCAGCUCCUGUCUGCAUCCGGACUUUCACCAAGACUGCAGCUUCGCCAGCAGAUGUGGAUGUCAAUGCAGUGCCGCACUCGGUUGAGGCUAUUCGGAGCUAUGCCGACCUCGACACCUUUGCUCGCCGUCAUAUCGGCCCUGAUGACAAGGAUACCAAGAAGAUGCUCCAGGCACUCUCUCCGCCAGUCAACUCGCUGGAAGCCUUUGUUGAGCAGGUUAUUCCGGCUGAUAUUCUCACAAGAAGCCAAAUGGAUCUCGACUUGCCUGGGGCCAACAGCGGCCCCAAGAAUGCGGCUCUUUCGGAAAAGGGCUUGGUCAAGGUUUUUGACGAAAUCGCCAAGAAGAACAAGCCAAUGCACAGUCUGAUCGGCUCCGGCUACUAUGAGACCAUUACGCCUCCUGUCAUCCAGAGAAAUGUGCUGGAAAGUCCGGCCUGGUACACCAGCUACACCCCUUACCAGCCCGAGAUCAGCCAAGGACGCCUCGAGUCCCUGGUCAACUUUCAAACCAUGGUGACUGAUCUCACCGCACUCCCCAUUGCCAAUGCAAGUCUUCUCGACGAAGGAACGGCAGCUGCCGAGGCCAUGACCCUUUCGAUGAAUGCCCUCCCUUCAUCGCGAGCCAAGAGAGCUGGCAAGACGUUUGUUGUCUCGCACCAAGUGCACUCCCAAACGCUCGCGGUCCUCCGCGGCCGAGCUGAUGGCUUUGGAAUCAACAUUGUGUCCAAGGAUAUUACUAGCGAGAACGCUGUUGCCGAAAUCGAAGCUCUUGGCGACGAUCUAGUCGGCGUCUUGGUUCAGUACCCAGACACCACGGGUGGUGUUCAAGACUUCCGGAAGCUGGCCGCCACCGUUCACAAGCAAGGCGCCCUCCUGAGUUGCGCAACCGAUCUGCUUGCUCUCACCGUGCUCACACCACCGGGAGAAUGGGGAGCCGAUAUUGCUUUUGGCAGCGCGCAGCGAUUUGGUGUGCCUCUCGGCUACGGUGGACCUCAUGCAGCCUUCUUUGCCGUGACGGAGAACCACAAGAGAAAGAUUCCAGGCAGACUUGUGGGCCUGUCCAAGGAUCGUCUCGGGGGCAAUGCUUACCGACUUGCUCUUCAGACUCGUGAGCAGCACAUUAGACGAGAAAAGGCCACAAGCAAUGUUUGCACCUCUCAAGCCUUGCUGGCCAAUAUGAGUGCCCUCUAUGCUGUGUACCACGGCCCCGAGGGUCUCACGGCCAUUGCAGAAAAGGUCAUUCGUGGCGCUCGUGUCAUCUCGCAUCUCGCUGAGAAGGCCGGCUUCAAAAUUGCCAACUCCAACCUUGGCGCCGAGGGAAGUGUCUUGUUUGACACUGUUACGGUUGAUGUUGGCUCGGCUGAGAAGAAAAAGGAGAUUCUCGAUAUUGCCGAACAGCAAGGGCUAUUUAUUGGCAACUCCAAGGAAGCCACCCUGCUCUCCUUUAGCGUCGGUGAAUCUUCCGACACCGAUGUGCUCAAGAACGUGGCCCGAGUCUUCCUUCAGUCAGGAGAGUCGGUCAAGGUGACAGAAGAGAAACUGCAAGCCGAGGUCGAUGAGGCUCUCGCCAAGCAGGGUACAGACUUGGGGAUCCCCGAAACCUUUCGGAGGACGAGCAGUUUCCUCACCCACCCAGUCUUCAACACACACCAUUCGGAGACGGAACUCUUGCGAUAUAUCCACCAUCUGCAAUCAAAGGAUCUCUCUUUGGUACACUCCAUGAUCCCGCUUGGCUCAUGUACCAUGAAGCUCAACGGCACUACUGAAAUGUCCUUGAUCACCGACAAGCAGAUGGGUUCUCUGCACCCCAUGGCUCCGCCAAGCGCCAGCAAGGGAUACCAGCACCUCUUUACCUGGUUCUGCAACCAGCUCGCCAACAUCACCGGCAUGGAGGGUGUCUCUCUCCAACCCAACUCGGGAGCCCAGGGUGAAUUCGCCGGCCUACGUGCCAUCAGGGAGUACCAAAAGGUGCACGGCAAGGGAGACAAGAAGAGGGACAUUUGUCUGAUUCCAGUCUCUGCACACGGCACAAACCCGGCCUCGGCUGCCAUGGCAGGCAUGCGUGUUGUUCCCGUCAAGUGCGACACCAAGACGGGUAACCUUGACAUUGCCGACCUGGAAGCCAAGUGCAAGCAGUAUCAGGACGAGCUCGGCGCCAUCAUGGUCACAUAUCCCAGCACGUAUGGAGUCUUUGAGCCUGAGAUCAAAAAGGUCUGCAGCCUCGUCCACGAGUACGGUGGCCAGGUUUACAUGGACGGUGCCAAUAUGAAUGCCCAGAUUGGUCUCUGCUCCCCUGGAGAAAUUGGCGCCGAUGUGUGCCAUCUCAACCUGCACAAGACAUUUUGCAUUCCUCACGGUGGUGGUGGUCCUGGAGUCGGACCCAUCUGCGUCAAGCAGCACUUGACACCCCAUCUCCCCCGAGACCCUUACAACGCAAACCCGGCCGAGGGCACGCCAGCAAACCAUCCCGUCAGCAGUGCACCAUUUGGUAGCGCAAGCAUAAACCUGAUCAGCUGGGCCUACAAUACAUUGAUGGGUCCCGAUGGUCUUGCUCAUGCCACCAAGAUUGGCCUGCUCAAUGCCAACUACCUCUUGUCUCGCCUCAAGCCUCACUACCAGAUUCUCUACACCAACGACCAAGGACGCUGCGCUCACGAGUUCAUCCUCGACGUUCGUCCUUUCAGCAAGUCUGCUGGUGUCGAGGCCAUUGACAUUGCCAAGCGUCUCCAAGAUUAUGGCUUCCACGCCCCAACCAUGAGCUGGCCUGUCGCUGGUACACUCAUGAUUGAGCCGACCGAGUCCGAGUCUCUGGAGGAGCUUGAUCGUUUCGUCGAUGCCCUGGUGUCUAUUCGCAAAGAGAUUGCCGAGAUUGAGGAGGGCAAGGCACCGCGGGAUAUCAACGUCCUGAAACUGGCACCACACCCGAUGAAGGACUUGAUCGACGGCGACGGCGACGGCAAGUGGGAGAGAAGCUACUCUAGAAGCAAGGCCGCCUACCCCUUACCCUGGCUGCGGGAGAAGAAGUUCUGGCCGAGUGUGGCUAGAAUUGAUGACGCCUUUGGUGACAUGAACUUGUUCUGUACUUGCCCUCCGGUGGAAGACACGACACAGCAGUAA